GAGCAAGGCCAGGGAGGGAACCCGCAUCCUCAUGGAUCCUAGUUGGGUUUGUUAUUGCCAAGCCACGACUGGAACUGCCUGGUGAUGUUUCCAGAUGUGCCGGUGGGCAGCUGGUCUGCUCUUCUCACUUUCCUAGUUUUCUAAAUCAAGUAGGUGGAUCAUAGGCCCCUUUGGCUACUCAAUAAGUAACUGUCUGAGCACAGUGAGGCUCCUGCUCCUGCAGAGGUGUCUGGGUGUGCCAAGCAGCGGAAAGGAGGUCCAGGCACCCGGACACUAAACUGAUGUGAAGGGGUGUCUGGAUUUUGGAGGUGGCACACUGGUGCCAGGGGGCCUGGGGCGUGAGCAGCUGGGACCCUUCUAUUCCCAGGGCACAGCGUCUGGUUUCCACGUUGCUCUGUCAGGACGUGGAGGCGGCCGGCAUGGGGUGAGCAGGAGCCAGCCCAGCCUGCAGCGUGUCCUUGGUCAUGAUAAAAACCAGGGAACACUGGCUCGCUGCCACCGCUACAGGCUUGCUGGGGGCCAAACACGAGUCAUACACGCCAGCCCUUUCCUUUCCCUCUUGUGCCUAUUCCCCUGCUGUGCUGUCACCAGACUGUCACCAUGUAUAGCGAGCAGGCAGAAAUAAAAGUCAGGUGGGGCUCAGCACCGACGCCCCCGCAUGUGCCAGCCUGUGGGCGUGUUUUGCAGGCUCCCAGAGGGAGUUCGGGCUGUUUACAGCCGCCCACGGGGGGGAGGGCGGCAGCGCAGCCGGCUCGCGCCUGUGGAAUGUUCUCUCACUGCCAGAGAUCCGGUCGCGGAGGAGGCCUGCCCUGCCCUGAGCUCUUAAUGUGAAGGGGCAGGAGCGACCCUGGAGCCAGGCUGCGUGACGGGUAGGGACCGGGAGCCGCUUGGGGCCUGUCCCCCUCUGUCCCUCGCUUCCCUCAGGCUCCACACCCGAUGGCGCUCCCGGGCCCACGCCCCGCCAUCAUCCCCGAGGAUGAAGAGGUCCCCCAGGCAGCCCGGAAUGGGGUCCACCGGGCUCCUGGCGGCGAGGACGAGAGGGCUGUGUCCAGGCCACAGCGCAGGCACAGCGACCUCAAGGUCUACAAGGAGUUUUGCGACUUUUAUGCGAAAUUCAACAUGGCCAACGCCCUGGCCAACGCCAGCUGCGAGCGCUGCCGGGGUGGCUUCGCGCCCGCGGAGAAGAUCGUCAACAGCAAUGGCGAGCUGUACCACGAGCAGUGCUUUGUGUGCGCCCAGUGCUUCCAGCAGUUCCCCGAGGGCCUCUUCUACGAGAUUCAGACCUUUUCCUGUUUCACAAGCUGUUUCUGAGGAGGGAAGGGUCUUUAUCAGCCGCUGGGCCAGCAUUUUCCCACCAAGAGGUGUCCCCAGCAGGGAGGUCCUCGGCCAGCCCGGAGGGAAGCCACUUACCUGUCACCGCACAGAGCUUUGGAAAACGGAAAAAGUGUGCAUCAGGGACACUGUUCUAUUGACUGACACGUUUUUUGGCCCCCACUGUAUCCCCAAAACAUACCUUUCCUUCCACAAAAUCCCUGGGCGUUGGCCAGGAAUUGCUUUUACUGCCCAGAGUGAUGGCUUUCAGGCUGGGGCCAGGGCGUUGGGCGAGGGAGCCCCAAGGCUGUGGGAGGGGCUGCCCAGGGGCCCAGAGGAUGGCAGCAGGAGGAACAGUCUCACAAAGCUCUCAUGGGGGCUCUGCCUAGGCAGGAAGGUCAGCCCCCGAGCACCUGUAAGGGGCUAUGGGAUCUACUUUGAGGACACACUGGGCUCCACGCUCAACCUGCCUUUUCUUCCUUGAAAUGGUUUUGAUCACAGCAGGUUUGUGACGUAAAUGGGAUUAGACCCUAGUUUGGUCCCUGACAUAUAAGAUUUUUUGUUGAAAUGGGGCAAAGUAAGGAGAGAUUUCAGAGGAACAAGAGAGAAAGCCUAUCUCCAGGCUCUAUUUUCAAAUGUUUUUUCUUAUUUCCAUGGCCCACUGUUCCCUCUCUGUCACUUCCUUUUUCCCACAUGGUGUGUUCACUGGCCACUUUCGGGCAAUAAUAUUGCACAGCAGCAUCUGGACUUGGGGCCAGCUGGCCACCCGAGGGCACUUGGUCAGAGAGGCCAUGGCUGAUGGGAAGCAGGGUUGUCUUUGGCCGUGAUUUUUAACAUCUGAUGGAGCCCACGCCCAGUCGAGGGUUUCUGGCCUCGUUCUCUGUUGCUGCACCCGAGAGAGGUUGUGGUCAUGGAGGGAGUAGCACAGAUUUGGGGUCUCACAGCCUUGGAACCCAGCCUCCCCUGGCUUUGGUGUAGGGACUGAACUUUUCUGUAUUUUGGUUUUCUUUAAUGGGGGAAAAGCCCCCAUGUCAGGAUGUGGGUUUGGAUCUGGGCGGGCAGCAGAGCUGUACCCACCAGUGGGCCUCUCCCUGCCACAUGGGCGCUGCUGCACGUGCCAUGCCAGGGCCCCAAGUCCUCAGCUCUGCUGAUGCUUGGAGCUUUGUUGGGGGCACCUUGAGCAUUUGUUGGGUAUUGAAAAAUAUCCCCAGUCUCUAGGUGCCCAUUUGUGACAACCAGAAAUCCCCCCUGGGGAGCAAAGUCAUCCUCGGCCGAGACCUACUGCACUAACGUCCCUUCACGUAGGUAAUGAACUUCACUGCAGCGGUUGUAAGUGGGCUUGUUCCCCAGACUGGACACAGAGCCCUGCACAAAACAGGACCUUCUCAUGGUCCGUCUCUAAGAAUCUGCAGCCAGAGUUGACUCUUGUGCCAUAAAUCUAAUUAGAAAGUCUUUAUAGGAAGAACUCGCUUAAAGACCCUGGGAGUUCCCAUAGUGUCUCCGCAGCUUAAGGCCUUGCUCAGUGAGCUAAGGAUCCAGUGUUGCUGUGAGCUGUGGUGUAGGCCGGCAGCUGUAGCUCCACUUCGACCCCUAGCCUGGGAACCUCCAUAUGCCAAAGGUGUGGCCCUAAAAAGAAAAAAGAAAGACCCUAGAGAAAGCAUACACCUUUUUGUAUAAGUUGGCACAGGGAGAUAGGCACAGGCAGGCCUUGGAGAUGGGGUGGGUUUGGGUCCAAACCACCCAGUAAAGCGAAUAUCGCCGUAAAGCCAGUCAUACAAGGGUUCGCUUUUUGUUUGUUUCCUUGGAGUUUAGUUGAUUUAUAAGGUUAUGCCACUACACAUGGGUUUUUUUGGUUUCCUGGUGCACAUGAAAGUGUAUACUUAAUAGACUACACUGUAUGGAAUAUACUAUAUGUACACUACAUGUCCAUUUAGGGUAGUCUGUUAAGUAUACAGUAGCAUUAUAUCUAAUGAACUACAUACACACCUUAAUUAAAAAUAAUGCUGCUGGAAAAAUGGCACCAACAGACUUUCCCGAAGCAGGGUUGCCACAAACCUUCAGUUUGUAAAAAACACGUCUGCCAAGUGCAGUAAAGCAGGGUGUACUUACAUACAAUUCUCGGGUAGUUCAUUGCUUAGCUGUUUAAUAAAGUAUCAUCCUCAUUUAGCAGAAGCCAAGACGUAUUUUCUUGUUGUAAUUAGAACCGGUCCCCAAAUUGAAAUUCGUUUUUCUCGGAGUUCCCGUCGUGGCGCAGUGGUUAACAAAUCUGACUAGGAACCAUGAGGUUGCAGGUUCGAUCCCUGCCCUUGCUCAGUGGGUUAACAAUCCGGCAUUGCCGUGAGCUGUGGUGUAGGUCGCAGAUGCGGCUCGGAUCCAGCGUUGCUGUGGCUCUGGCAUAGGCUGGCAGCUACAGCUCCGAUUCGACCCCUAGCCUGGGAACCUCCAUAUGCCGCGGGAACGGCCCAAGAAAUGGCAAAAAGACAAAAAUAAAUAAAAAAAUUCGUUUUUCUCUUUUCAAAUAUUCUAUUUCUGCCGUUUAAUGUAAAUAACUUUUAAAUCUAAAUGAUUAUAAAAGUCACUCUGUUAUUCCUGGUUUACAUCUGCCCUGAAGAGGCCAGUCAGUUAGCUGGUGUGGGGGCGGCAAAGACAGGCGUGUUCUCUUCCACCGGGUUAGCGCCAUUGCAGUGAUCUGGAGUGGUUCCCUAGGACAAUGUCUGUGAGCCUGCUAGGGCACAUGCUCCUGGAUACAGCUAUCCCUGCUGUCUAUUCACUUGCUCAGCAAGUACCCACGAAAGCACCUGUGAUGUGGCCUGCUGUAAGUGACAGGCUGUGUGCUGGUUCCAACCUAAGUACAGUUUUCAGAGGGAUUUAAGUAGGAUUGGGCAGCUUUGGUGAUUCUUUUCAUCAUUUUCAGAAAGUCUAGAGAUUAUGUGAGUGCGUGGUUAUGUGUGAUUAGGGACUUGAAAUUCGGCAUUGUGGUUGUCUUCAAACAGAUCUGUCUUCAGAUAUCUUUUAUCGGUAUCUCCACAACCUCCAAUACCUGUGAAGAAGUUUUUUGGUUUUUUGGUUUUGGCUGCACCCAAGGCAUGUGGAAUCCAUUCCUGGGCCUGGGAUCUAACCUGCACCACAGCAGUGACAGUGCCAGAUCCUUAACCAGGGAACUCCCAGAAGUAUUUGUAAAAUGGCCAGUCACGGUGGCAUGAGGAGGAUUAGAUGCCAUUUCUAGGGAGAAACCCAUUCACAUGCAGCCCCAACCCUGACUGAGUAGCCACUGCACUGCCUCCUAAAUCCGACCUUGUGACAUCUGGGGUUUUCGCCACUAAAAGGAUUAUCUUAAUUCUUCCCCAAAGAACACGCUUUGUGAAAUAAAGCGGAGCCAACGGUUCCAGAGUGAAUUGACUCCAAAGGCUACCGACAGGCUGGACUGAGGCCGUGUCUGGCAACCUUCUCCAGCUCUGCUCUGGCCCGACUCGGGCCAGGGCUUCGGUCACACCUCACCUUUCUUUCUCCUUAGUUUGAAUUUCCCUAGUGUGGCCUUUUUUCCAUCACAAAUGCGAAACAGGAAAGACCAAUUGAUGGGGAAUGAUUUAGUGGAAAGACACUUUACAAAGAGGUUUCGUCCCUCAUUUCCUCUAACAGGGGAUGGUAAUGACUCAGGAAGGCUGCAGCCUUGGGGGAGAUGAGUGGGAGGAAACAGGCCCACUGCUGGCCCCCUGCUCAGACCAUGUCCGCACAUGCCUGGAAAUGAAUCCAUCUGCUGAGCCUCUGAUUCUGAGCUUUCUUUAAAGCAGCAAAAUUCUGUUUUUCCCCCAAAAGGAUCUUCACAAAAUGCAAAACAAAACUUAAAACUCCUUGGAGUUCCCUGGUGGCUCAGUAGAUUAAGGAUCCUGCCUUGUCACUACAGCAGUUCUGGUCGCUUCUGUGGUAUGGAUUCAAUCUCUGGCCCAGGAAUUCUUCCACAUGCCGAGGGCACAUCCAAAAAAAAAAGAAGAAGAUGAAGAAGAGCUGUUCUUGGCUGGAGUCCCCUGAACCACUCGUCCUGCAGCUGAUAGGUCCCGGCUUCUUCGGCCUCUUGUUAAACACUGCUGAUUCAGUGUGUUAACAUCUUUUACUCUACAGGCUUAUUCUGUGUUAACCCAGUUUCGGGUUUGUAGCAUGUACUAGCAAUAUUCCUGGGAGUUUGAUUCUUCCAGCUUCCUGAUUUCAGAUUUUUUUUCACUGUACAUCUCAGAGUUUUAUUUGCAUCAGCUUCCGGCCCUUCCCAGGGGUUCGUGUGUUUGCUCAUCUCUGCACACUUAGAGAAGAGGUAGUGUCCCCUUGCAGAAGCCUUCCUGGUUGCUGUGUGGGUGGUUUCCAGGGAACCUGUUUCCGAACCCUCAGGGUUUGCUUUCAGGGAUUCUUCUUCAAUUCGAUUUGCCUGAUCAUGUUUUUUAUUCACAACAGCGCCUACUCCUCCCACUUGAUAAAAAAAAAAAAAAAACUCAAAUUUUACUGUGACAAAUUCCUAUAGGACACCAACCAAAAUGGAUUUGUCAGGGUCCCUAAACCUUAGGCUUCCCAUCUUUCCUGGCUUCUGUAUUUUACUGCUAAGGGUGGAUCCUGGCUUGGGAGCUGUGUGUUUGCUCUGUACGCAGGUGUAUGGCAGGGUUGGGAAUGUGAGGCGUCCUUUAGGACUCUGCCUCUUCGUCCCCUAAUUUCAAAGGGACUCAUCCUUUUAAGGCAGAGAGAGCCAUGGAGAGAGGGUGAGUGUGUGCUGUGAGGCUCACAGGCCCUGAGACGUGCGGAGCCUGUGUCUGGGGUGGGUCCGGGCCCCCGCCAGGCUGCAUCCCCGCUUAUUACCUCCACGUGCUGCCCAUUAGAAUCACAGCUUUAAAGACUUGUUUAAAUCACAACCAACUCUCAUUUUUUCACUUUCUGGUAACAAAUACAUGUGCUAACCGCCAGGCCUCCUUUUGAUUUAUUUUUUUAAGUAAUAUAUGUCUUUCUCUUUCUGUUAAAUACAGAGUAGUUGCUGAUCAUUUCUUUUAUUUUUCUCAUUAAACUUUGGGGGGUUUUUUUUGGUCCUUUUUUGGGGCCACACCCACAGCAUAUGGAGGUUCCUAGGCUAGGGGUCGAAUUGGAGCUACAGCUACACCACAUCCAUAGCAACACUGGAUCUUAACCCACUAAGCGAGGCCAGGGAUCAGACCCUCAUCCUGGGGGAUACUAGUCGGGUUUGUUUCUGCUGAGCCAUGACGGGAACGCCUUAAACUUUGUUUUAAUGGGUCUCAAAAUUUUGAGACAGAUUUCUGGUCAAGUUAUUUCCAUUUAAAAAAAAAA